AUGGGUCGCGAGUUUGCGAUCAUAUUAUCGCUGUUUAUAUUGAUUUAUAGCGACUCUUGUCUGUCGUUUGUCCGCAAAUGUGAUAACGAGAGCAACGAUUCGGUCAACGGUUGCGACGACAGCGCCGACGACCGCACCGUCGAUGCCAUCGACGCCUCGGAUGGCUGUAGGGGUGGACCGAACACAAGCCGUGACCGACACUGUUAUGCCGAGUGUCUGUCGCGCGGACUCGUGUUGAACGCCACCAAAGGCUGGUUCGGCACUCACGGCAGUCAACACCUGACCGCCGGUUCGCCGCACUAUUGUCUCUGGAUUUUGACAACACAUCCAAAUCUGGACGCAUCCGUUGUCUACGCGAAGGCCAACACCCGAUCCAACGCCAGACAGACGGCGACCGCGAGUCCGCCGCCCAUCAGUCUGACCAUCGAAAGAGAUAUGCGGGUCGAGUGUCCCGACGCUAACAUUCAGGUGUUUGACGGCGUGCCUGAGUUCGUGGCGUCCGGCGCUCACAGCAAGAAACUGGGCUUUUAUUGCGGAACAGAUCUCAAACAAGACAUCCAUUUAGUGGCCACUUCGGGUUUUUUGACCGUAUUCUUCGAGCGCCACGACCCUCACCAGGGCUUCAACGCCUCCUACACUCGCCUCGACUGUCAGUUCUGUCCCGCGUUUAAGAGCCGCGAAUGCGUUGACAAUCAGUGCGUUUGCGCCGACAAUAAGAUCGGAUCCAAUUGUGAUGUGAAUAUCUGUCCAAACAAUUGCUCGGCGGCCGAGAAUCAGGGCACUUGCGAUGCCAUUAAUGGUCGCUGCGUUUGUAUGCCAUUGUACGGCGAAGAGGACUGUUCCCAAUACAUGUCUGCGCCCACCAAUCGACUCAUUUGGUCGACAUUAUUCAACUGUGAGGCCACUAAACCAUUUCUGCCGACACUAUCGAUGUAUUUGCCGCGAAUGGGACACACGUUGGAGAGCACCGAAUCGUCUCUUUGGCUGUUUGGCGGCUAUUCCAGUAUCAGAGGACAGUUGGGAGACAUGUUUCGAUUCAAUCUGAUCUCUUCGCGUUGGGAAGAGAUCAGCUCUAAUGGCAAACCAGACAAAGACAGUCCCCGCUCUGGUCAGCCACAGGCGCGACAUUUUCACGCCACAGCCAUAUCGGGUCAUUGGAUCUACUUAUACGGUGGGCUAAGUCAAGUGCACGGAGUUUUGGCCGACUUUUGGCGCUUUCAUACGUCGGAUAUGAGUUGGAAUAAGUUGGAGACCAUCGAAGAACUGCCACCACUGGCCGCACACACACUCACCGCUACUGACAAUAAACUGAUACUUAUUGGUGGCUAUUCUCCGGAAUACGGUUUCCUCGAGAAGACCUUUGAAUAUAAUAUAAUUGAAGACAAGUGGAGAGUAUUGAACACGAGUGGCGUACGGCCUGUGGGUCUGUACGGCCACAGCGCUGUCUAUCAUUCCCAGUCCAACACUAUAUAUGUUUUCGGAGGCGUUGUCUACGAUAUGGAUAAGACAUCGAUAUCGGGUGAUCUCUACGGGUUUGAUGUAAAUAAUAGUGUUUGGUAUCGAUUGCCAGCCGACGAACAGAUCAAUCCGAUUGACUCGAGACCCGAAUCCCGUUAUUUCCAUUCCUCGCUCUCCACUGAACUCUAUAUGAUUAUAAUCGGCGGCCGAAGUAAUGAUAGCAAUGCUAUCGUAAACUCGAUUUAUACAUAUAUCUAUCGCUGCAAUAAAUGGAUUUCUCUGCAAAUGAACUCAAUUCCAGUGAGCGGUCAGCCGCCCGACCCCGCGGUCGCCCUCUCGGCCACAAUACAAGACUAUAAUCUCUAUAUAUUUGGCGGAACUAAUGGCCAAACGAAUGGCAAUUUAUAUCGACUCUCUUUACCAAAAGAUUUGUGUCAACUCUUCUCACAUUCAAGACUCGGAUGUCUUCGACAUAUCGGGUGUUCUUAUUGUUCUGUUUAUGAGAACGGCUUAAACAAAACGUUUUGUUACUCUCAAGACUUAUCAAUACCUCAGAGCUGUUAUAACCCAAAGGGCGCUUCAGAAGUGGCUCAGGGAACCAGUUGUGGCUACGAAUUGCUUGAACGCCGCAGUUGUUAUCAAUACAAAACUUGUAUCGAUUGUGUGGCCAUUUGGCCGACGUAUGGGUCGAGCAAACAGGUGUGUCAGUGGUGUUCAAACUGUCAGAGCGGCCGAUGUAUCCCAAUCGGCGCCUCCUGUGAACGCGAACCCCAUUGUACUCUUCAGCCACGAGUGAUCACAUCCGGCCAAUUGUGUCCAUUGCGGUCCUGUUUGGCCAGCGAUUGUCAAAAGUGCGGUUCCAUUGGGGGCUGUAUGUGGACGAGACAAGUGUUGCGCUCAGAGUUGGGCCGCACUUUAAACGUCAAACCAAUCUUUGACUGGACUUGUGUUCAGAAUAUACCACAAGACGUGACAUCGAUUCUGGUUGAGUCUAUGCCUCCGCUCUCAUGUCCGGCCCGUUGUUCGCGAUUUACAAAUUGCAGCACUUGUUUAGAGAGCGCGGGCGGAGAGGGCGGCCAUCAUUCCUGCUCUUGGGCUCAAAACAUUAAUCAAUGCAUUUCACCGAGUUUUGUGCCCCUCAGGUGUGAGACCGGACUCUGCGGUAGUCUUGUGCUGAGCGGAUCAACGUCUCAAUGUCCCUUUACUUGUCAACAGUUAACCCAAUCAGCGCACUGUCUGUCGCGCCCCCACUGCGGGUGGUGUGCCUUCAAUGGAUCCGCUGUCGAUGGUAGAGGUAUUUGUAUGGAAGGACAGCUGUUUGGGCCAAUCGGUGGCAGUUGUAAGGCGGGACAGGUCGGCGUUUUUGGUCAGCCCUUGUCUGCACUCGAAUCCAAAUGGUUUGCACAAUCAGAAGGACCGCCACAAUGGGCUUAUUUACAGAGACCUAAAGAGAAUGAAUGUCUUAACGGACACAACACUUGCGAUGAGAGACAUGAAGAGUGUAUUGAUCUCGAGGAUGGCUUUACGUGUAGAUGUAAACCCGGAUAUGUAAUCGAUGGCAACCAGUGUAAGGCUACGUGCCAUCAGGGAUGCGUGUUUGGCACGUGUGUCGCACCCGAUGUCUGUCAAUGCAAUUUCGGUUACGUCGGGUCCAACUGUUCGCUAGCGUGUGAGUGCAACGGCCACAGCAAUUGUGCCGGAAUUAAUCGGUUGAGCGAUUGUCUGGAGUGUCAGAACCACACACAGGGAUCUCAGUGUCAGGAAUGCAAACCAUAUUAUGUCGGAAACCCUAUAAAUGCUGGCAAAUGUGUGUCGUGUCGGACGUAUUGUAACAAUCAUUCGGAUGUUUGCUUCGACCGCAAGAUAUACGACAAUUUCAAUUCGACCGGAAUUUUGCACGAAUUCAAUACUCAAGAAGACACGGAACGACUGGCCGGCCGUCCAUUAGUCCGCGGCUCGACUGCCGCUAUUUGUGUGAACUGUAAGCACAAUACGAAGGGAACGGAAUGCGAGUCCUGUAUUGACGGCUAUUUCCAAAACAACGCCGAGAGGAUCGGUGACGGGUGUCGGCGCUGUCACUGCAACGGCCACUCAGACACGUGUAACAAAGUGACCGGAGAGGACUGUCAGUGCGAUAAUAACACCGAAACUGACAGACAGUGUUCGCACAACAGCAGUAAGACAUCGUUGACUCCCUGUUGGCAAAUGCAGUGCUCGAAGUGUAAGGAGUACUUCUUAGGCGUCCCCACGAAUGGUCAUCAAUGCUAUCGACACAUGUUUUUGGACAAAGACUACUGCUUUGAUCCCAAAACACAGGAGGAAUGUAUUCGAAAGCCUUCUGGACUAUCAGUGGGUCGGACGGUGUUCUUCGCGGUUCAGCCGCGGUAUAUGAAUGUCGACAUCAGAAUCUUUGUGGACGUCACCAAAGGAGCGCUCGAUUUCUUUCUAUCGGCAAAAGAGGACACAUUUGUGGUCGAAGUGAACAAAACAAAUGGCAUUCAUUGGAUUUGGUUGGACAAGAAGUACACCUCACAGAACACAUACGGCAACAGUUUCGACGAUUUGGACAGCCUUUCGCUCAGAGACGUGAUGAACAGCAACUCGUCAUCGAGAGUGAGCUCAACGAAGCCACAGACGAGUGGACCGGCGCUGAAACUGCGCCACUCGUCGGCCAAUGAUCUGAUUUACUACUUAACGAUUACGGAUCCGAACGAAUUUCUUGUGAUAAGAAACCUGAGGAAUCGUUUAGUGAUUACAAUACCUCAAGAAGUUCAUGACCUGAGAAGUACUCGAUUUUAUAUGAUUUUAAAAGCAAUUCAAAGUCAAUACGAAAGCGGCGCCAAUGGAAGCGAUGACAAUAGUUAUGGCAAUAUAUUCUUCCGUCAAGACCAGAGUCGCAUCGAUUUGUUUGUCUUCUUCAGUGUCUUCUUCUCGUGCUUUUUCCUAUUCCUAUGCGUUUGUGUAAUGGUUUGGAAAGUCAAACAGGCGUUUGAUAUGAGACGCGCCCGACGUCUGCACGUGGCGGAGAUGAAGCACAUGGCCAGCAGACCCUUCGCCACUAUACUCCUCCAUAUGGACGGCUCGUCCGCCACCGACGACGUCGAGUUCGCCCUCUCCUCGCCAUCACAUCUUCUCAAAGAAGGAAACCCCAGAAAAUGCAGAGCAUUUCGAUUCAGAGGAAGCAUUUCGAGUCUGAAAGACUCGCCCAAAGCUCAGGUACAUCCGGAGCCGUUCGACAAGUACACCAUACGUCCGGUGGCCGUCGAGCCCACAGCCGACGGCGUGUCAGCGGUGGUCACAACUCUGGUUCAUCUUCCGGGCGGCAAAUCGGCGCCAAACCGCAUGUGUUUGGCCUCAACGCUGGUCUCAUUGCGUAACUCUCACCACAUAUUGAACGCCAACGCGAGUCACGGCUCCGGCAAUAAUAUGGGAAAAGCCGGCGUCGGAGCCGGCGUUUGGCGGACGGCCAUCAGAAGACGGCCACACUUUGCGUUCUAGUCUUCAGU